UACUCAUAUUAUGGUUACAGUGAAAUAGGUUCUUCCUGUUGGGAGAGGUUAGGGUGUCUUGUUUAGCUGUUUGGCCAUGUUUCGGAAUGUUUUGGGUAAAUUGGUGACAGAAAAAGUGUGUGUUCACCGCUAUUUGAAACAUGCAUCUUUUAUACAGAGGGUAACACCCUCAUUCGUGUUUGUCAGGAGCUUUACGAAUGUGAAGGACGAAGUGCAGCAGCAUUUUGACACCUCCCUGCUUGAAUUCCUCGUAUGUCCGCUGUCCAAGAAGCCACUGAGAUAUGACGCUAAGACCAAUGAACUGAUCAAUGAGGAGCUUGGCAUCGCCUAUCCCAUCACUGAUGGCAUCCCCAACAUGAUCCCUCAGGAAGCCAGACUCAUUCAGAAAGACGUAAACAUGUCGAUCACACCAACACAAUAAUAGAAGCACCAUCACAACAAAACCAUCCCAAGAAAAACAGACUUACCACUGUGGUGUCCUAAAUGCUGUUGGACUGAAUGAGACAUUAUUUCUGGAUCCUUCUCAGCUCAAAUGCCAUAUUGUGUUGCUGCCCAGUAAGAACUUAUACUGCAUUCUAGCCACCUGAUUAAAAGUACAUGUAAUAAAUCACAUCACUGAUAUUUAAUCCAACAG